UGUUUCACAACGCUCUCGGUCACGAAGGAUCAGCCCCACUAUCUCUAUCCAGAGAAGCUUCUGGAGACCAGGGAGAGCGAGACGUGCAGAGGAACGCAGGGACAGAAGGGUGAGGUUUCCCAGGAACAGCUUUCGAGACUGGACGGGGUCCAGGAUGGCUGACUUCCCUUCUCAGUCUGAGCCUCCGACUUCGCAAGAACCCAAUGACGACUUCAAGAAGCCAGCUCUGCCGAUGCCCCCAGCGGGACGGGGGAAGGACCCGGCCACCAGUCCCCCAAACCCUGAGGAGGUGAAGAAGGAAAGGCCCACGGCGCUGCAGGAUCCUGAUUCCCCGGAGUCCGACGUCCCGCCGGCCAGGCCGGAAAGCGGGGAGAUGAGGGGACCACAAGAGGAGCAGCCGCGUCCCCCCACAGUGGCCUCUUCCUCCGCAGGCCCGGCCCGGGCUCCCCCAUACCAGGAGCCUCCGUGGGGCAGCCCGGCCACGGCCCCUUACAGCUUAGAGACUCUGAAGGGCGGUGCCAUCCUAGGCACCCGGAGCUUGAAAGGAACGAGUCGCUGCCUUUUCGGGCGGCUGUUAAGCUGCGACGUGUGCCUGGAGCAUCCUUCGGUGUCUCGGUACCACGCCGUGCUGCAGCACAGGGCGUCCGGCCUGGACGGAGAGUGCGAUGGCCACGGGCCCGGCUUUUAUCUCUACGAUCUGGGAAGCACCCAUGGCACUUUUCUCAACAAAACCCGCAUUCCACCCCGCACUUACUGUCGGGUCCACGUUGGGCAUGUUCUUCGCUUUGGAGGCAGCACCCGGCUCUUUAUUCUGCAGGGACCAGAGGAAGACCGAGAAGCCGAGUCCGAGUUGACCGUAACGCAGUUGAAGGAAUUGCGCAAGCAGCAACAAAUGAGGUUGGAGAAGAAGAUGUUAGGUGAAGACUCAGAUGAAGAAGAGGAAAUGGAUACCAGCGAAAGGAAGACAAAUACUAGUAGUCAAGAUGAUGAAAUGGGUUGCUCCUGGGGAAUGGGAGAAGAUGCUGUAGAAGAUGAGGCAGAAGAGAACCCCAUUGUCUUAGAGUUCCAGCAGGAAAGGGAGGCCUUUUAUAUAAAGGAUCCAAAAAAGGCUCUUCAGGGUUUUUUUGACCGAGAAGGAGAAGAAUUAGAAUAUGAAUUUGAUGAACAGGGGCACAGCACUUGGCUUUGCCGGGUGAGGUUACCUGUGGAUGAUUCAACUGGAAAACAACUGGUGGCUGAGGCCAUUCACUCUGGAAAGAAAAAGGAAGCAAUGAUCCAGUGCUCUUUGGAAGCUUGUCGGAUCCUCGAUACUUUGGGAUUGCUGCGUCAAGAGGCAGUAUCUCGGAAAAGGAAAGCCAAGAACUGGGAAGAUGAAGACUUUUAUGAUAGUGAUGAUGACACAUUUCUUGAUCGGACUGGCCUGGUUGAGAAGAAGCGUCUGAACCGAAUGAAGAAGGCUGGGAAGAUUGAUGAGAAGCCAGAGACCUUUGAGUCAUUGGUUGCAAAGUUAAAUGAUGCUGAAAAGGAACUCUCUGAAAUUUCUGAGAGGUUGAAAGCCUCAAGCAAAGUUUUGUCGGAGUCACCAUCUCAGGAUUCUUUAGAUGCAUUCAUGUCAGAAAUGAAAUCGGGGAGUGCAUUAGAUGGUGUGUCCCGGAAGAAACUUCAUUUGAGAACUUUUGAACUAAGGAAAGAACAACAGAGACUUAAAGGGUUGAUAAAAAUUGUAAAGCCAGCGGAGAUUCCAGAACUAAAAAAGACUGAAAAUCAGACUACAGAUACAGGAAACAAAGCUAAAAAGCUUACAUUGCCUCUCUUUGGUGCCAUGAAAGGAGGAAGCAAAUUCAAAUUGAAAACUGGAACAGUAGGGAAGUUACCCCCCAAGCGUCCAGAACUCUCUCCAACUCUAAUGAGAAUGAAGGAUGAGCCUGAAGUAGAAGAGGAGGAAGAGGAAGAGGAGGAAGAAGAGGAGGAGGAGAACAAAAAGGAGGAGCAUGAGAAGGAAAAAGUGGAGGAUGGAAGCUACAGACUACAGAAGGAGAUAGAGCCAGAAGAAGCAGGGCACGAAACAAGUGCCCCCACGGAUCUCAUGUGUUCUAAAGAAACAAAAAAUCAUGAAAACAUGUCUCAACUCAGCCAGAUGAAACAGAAUGAAGAUUAUCAAGAGAUUAGAGAAACAGUUGCUUCACUCAAGGAACCCUCAGCAUCAAAGAACGAAUAUGAGAAAAAUAGAGAUGAAUUGAGAAAAAAGAAAGUUCCAGUUCCAAACAAACUUCUACCAACACUUUCCUCCAGAUAUCCAGAAGAUGACCCAGACUACUGUGUGUGGGUCCCACCUGAAGGCCAAAGUGGUGAUGGCAGAACCCAUCUUAAUGACAAGUAUGGCUAUUGAUCACUGCAGAAUCCCAAAGGAAGACCUCAUGGACCAUGUGAUGGGGAUAUUUGGGCACACAUUAUCAAGCUGAAUGGCCAGAGGAGUUCAGAAGAUCAUUUGUGAAGUCUUGUGACUGGUCUUUUCUUCUGUGCUCUUGGCUUCCUAAAUCUACCCACUCAUUUUAUUCUCCUGAGUUUGGUAUUUAUGUUUAAAAGUGUUUGUGUGUGUAUGUAAAAAGGGAACCAUGUAUUUUGAGAAUCACUCUAAUGAGAGAGGUGACUAUUAAAAUGAGAAGGCAAAGAUGUCUCUAAUAUCGA